UUUGCAAUUAGUCGAGCUGCAAGUUUUGAUGGAGUCGGUUCAAAAAUGAGUCUCGAAAAGAAACCAGAGCAACCAGAAGAGCAUCCUUUUCUGGAGAACGAUAAGCAGAGCAAUGGCAAAGUACGGAAAGAAAAACCUCAUAAGGAUAUCAGAUGUGGAUUUUGGAUAUUCAAAGGAUCGCUGCUACAGCGUUUGGCAACGGAAAAGUCUUUUGUUUUAAUUUAUGGCAUCGGUGGCUGUCUUCUAUCCAUGUCCUUGGCGUAUUUCAAUGCCAUAGUCACGACACUGGAGAAGCGCUAUAAGAUCCCAACCAAAACAUCUGGCCUUAUUAUAGUUGGCAAUGAUGUCAGCAUGAUGAUCACAUCUGUGCUGGCUGGCUAUUUUAUACACAAAGGACAUCGCGCACGCUGGAUAGCGUUAGGAUUUUUUACAAUUUUCAUUUUCUGUGUGCUCACUUGCUCCUUGCACUUCGCCUAUGGCGCUGGCGAGGAUGCCUUAAAGCUCACACGUGAGUUUGGCGAUUUUAAGGAUAUUAGCGAAUACACAGCAAAUGCGCACAAGGAUCAUAAGCUAUGCUUGUCCACGGAAUCGGGCUGUACACAGAGCGAUGGUACCUGGGUGCCGCCGCUUGUUCUAUUUGUGGCUCAGUUUAUUGCAGGCAUUGGCAUAUCUUUAUUCUGGAUUGUGGGCGUCUCAUAUAUGGAUGAUAACACAGAGAAAGCGAAUACGCCAGCAUUGUUGAGCAUUUCCGCUUUUCUGCGCAUGCUGGGUCCAGCUCUUGGCUACUCCUUGGCCUCCGUGUGUCUGCGUUGGUAUAUAGAACCGCAUUUGGAGCCACUGAUUAAGCCUGGUGAUCCUCGUUGGCUGGGCGCCUGGUGGGUUGGCUGGCUCAUUCUAGCCGUCGUCACGUUUAUAAUCACCAUCAUGAUGUUUAUGUUUCCCAAGGAGCUGCCCAGCUCGAAUGCAAGACGCCUUCAACUAGAAGAAGCUGGCAUACAAAAUCCCAAGCAGCACAGGGAUCUCUCCAUCAGCGACAUGAUGCGUUCCAUCAAGCGCUUGAUGGUCAACAAAGUGUUUAUGUACAAUUCAUUCGCCUCCAGUUUCUACUUCUUUGGCUAUUUGGCCUACUGGAUCUAUACGCCAAAAUAUAUUGAGACACAAUAUAGACAGUCGGCAUCCAUGGCCAGCAUGGCAACAGGCACCAUUGCCUUGGCUUUCUCAGCUGCGGGCGUACUGCUCUCUGGAUAUGUUGUGUCCAAGUAUAAGCCCAGUGCCAGAGCCAUGGCUGCCUGGAAUGGCAUUGUCGACUUCAUGACUGUCGCUGGUAUUUUGUGUUACGUUGUAAUUGGCUGCAAAGGCAGCGAUCAAUUGAGCUCCAUGACAUCAGUCAGUGGCAGCUGCGGCGUCUCCUGUCACUGCGAAUAUGUGCACUAUGCUCCCAUCUGCAGUCCAGAUAAUCUUACAUAUAUAUCCGCGUGCCAUGCUGGCUGCACGGAUACAGCAAAGGAUCAAUUCGGCCGCACUCUCUACACAGGCUGUGAGUGCAUAAAUCCAAAGAAUACAACAGCUGGAACUGAGUUACAGUACGCAGUAGAUGGGGCCUGUCCUGUGGACUGCACGAAGCAGUUCCUGAUCUUCCUCGUUGUGAUGUGCGUGCUUAAGCUCGUUGGGGCCAGCAGCAAGUCCACAAAUUUGCUGAUAGCCUUGCGCUGCAUACAGCCGGAGGACAAGAGCUUUGCUCUAGGUCUGGGCGGCUUGAUCAGUUCUCUAACUGCCUUUGUGCCCAGUCCCAUUUUCUUUGGUUGGCUUCUGGACAAAUAUUGCUUGGUGUGGGGCAAGACGUGCAGCAACAAAGGCAACUGCUGGCUCUACGACACGGAGGCCUUAAGAUACGCCUUCAACUUGACUGCAGCGUUCUUCAUAUUCCUAGGCGGCCUCUUGAAUAUUGGAGUUUUUCGUAAUGCUCACGAUUUGCUCAUUUUCGAUGAGGAGCAAAAUGAAAUGGAUGAAGCAGAUAACAAACUCGAUAAAUUAAACUCGGAUACUAAAGACAAAGAGGCGGCAGCAACAAAAGAUAUAGAAAAGUCUUAGGAAUAUUAAAAUGUGGAUUAACUCUGUGAGUCUUCAAAAAAUAAUUGUAAAUGUUACAUUUAUAGAAAAUAAA